AUACAAGUGACGCAGAACCCGACACCCCCCCAACCUGUCCUCCUCCUUCCCCUGGGGAACAGACAAGGAGCAGACACCUCGCCCCCCAGCUCCACACGUGGGAGAAGCACCCUGCCCAUGGGCCUCUGCCGGUCACCGCCGACCCUGCUGUACCUGCUAGGGACACUGGUAUGUUCCUGUCAUGGAGGACCACAGCAGACCCUCUCAGGACCCUCCAAGGACGUCAUUAACUCUGGCUCCUCGUGUCAGGUACUACUGGAGGUCAAGCUCAAUCAUACAAAGAGCGUUUUUUGCCUGAAAGAGCAGAAGGAGCAGCCCCUGACUGAGCUGCACAGAAAGCUGGGCUCCUUGAGGACCCCCAAAGAUAUGGCCUGCUCUUUCAUCAAUCCUUCUCUUCUGGACCCGACCAGAAAUGCCUCCUCGACAGAGCUGAAAGUGGACUGCCACGAAGCAGUUACCAAAGUCACUCCGCCCACCCAGCGGCCCACUGUGACCUCCCCUGAGCCCACUGGCCCUUCAAGGUUCCUGCUGGUGGAGGGGAAGGAGAGACUCCGAUGCGCGGGAGUGGUUGAGCUCUACAGGGGACGUAUGGGAGGGAGCAUCUGCUUCGACUCCAAAACCUGGACGGAUGCCCUGGGUGACAAAAUCUGCCAGGAACUGAACUGCGGCACUUUCCUGGAACUUCUGGACCAACCAGCAGAGAAAACAGACUCGGGGAAUCCUGAGGGCCUGAAGCCCCUACCCAUCCUCUGGGAGGUUGGGAACCAGAAUGGAACUUCAUUGGACCAAGUCUUCACUAAGCAGAAGAGCUGUAGGCAAAACAAAACCAUUUCCCUUGUCUGCUCUGAUUUCCAGCCAAAGGUGAAAAGCAGACUGAAGGGUGGAAGCAAUCCCUGCAAGGGCAUCGUGGAGGUAUACUUUGAGGGUCAGUGGAAAGCCUUGUGUGGAAAAAGAAAAAACUGGGAAGAGGUGUGCCAUGAGCAACACUGUGGAAGCCUAAUCUCGGAGGAGGAUGUAUUUCAAAAAUCAACAUCUGCCAAAUCCAGCAUGCUCCACUGCAAAUAUGGGAACCUGUCUCGUUGCUACACAUUCUUACCAGGAGACCCACUCUGCAAAGGCACAACGAUUGAGUGCCAGGAUCUAAAUGCAGCUGGGCCCGGGGCAGGGACCGUGAUGAGCAUCAUUCUGACCUUCAUCCUUGUGGCGAUCCUUCUAGUGACGUGUGGGCCUGUGGCCUACAAGAAACUAGAAAAGAAAUUCCGCCAGAAGAAGCAGCGCCAGUGGAUCGGUCCAACGGGAGUGAACCAGAACGUGUCUUUCCAUCGCAACCACACGGUAACCAUCCGGUCCCAAGUGGAGAAUCCUGGAGCCUCAAACGUGGAGAAUGAAUAUAGCCAGCCUCCCAGGCACUCCCGCCUCUCGGCUUACCCAGCUCUAGAAGGAGCCCUGGACCGGACUUCCCACCCGCCAGAUAACUCCUCUGACAGCGACUAUGACCUCCAUGGGGCCCAGAGGCUGUGACAGGCUGAAAGGUGAACGAGCCAGGGUCUUCCGGCCCAACACGCAUCUUCCUGAGAACCUUCUGCACUCAUCACCUUGACGAGAUUCCCCCAUUUUACUUCCCGCUGUGAAGGGUCAGAAGCAAGGUCGCCACUACCGAGUCUCAUUACCCACGUCCCCACCUCGUCCCUACCCCCCAAACCCAACCCGGGGAAGCCCUCCCCUCCCCACAGCUCUGGCAGCCCUUCCCUUUCCAUGUGUGAGACGCAGGGCCCCGGCCGCAGCCCCCUCCAGGAACACAGAGCCCCGGUCCUGUCCGGGCCCACAGACCCACCUGUGCCCCGCGGCCAGUGCCCGGAAGGGGCCGCCUCCCAGCCCCCUCCCCCCCCCAACUCCAGCCCCUUCCUCCGACGAGGAACAGGGGAGAAUUCACACUCGUGUCCCUGGAUGAGAAUGUCUCUACUGUUUUGUGUAAAUAAUGCUUUCUAUACAAUCUGACAA